AUGCACUUCGCAUACCCUGCGCGGAAGAACUCGAACCCACCACCUUACCUACCUCGCUCCACACGGUGGCUGAAGAUACGGAGGAGACACCUAAAGCCGUUUGCCGCGUUGGCACUGGCAGUAUUGGGGUUAAUAUGGCUGUUCUCGGGCGGCUCGAAACACAAGGGGGGCCGUGUGAUAUCUGGGAAGCCGGCGGUUGUGGUUGUCACGGUGUUCGACGGCAAAUACGACAAUAGUCCAUACAUCAAGAGCAUCAGGGAGAAUCGGUCACGGUAUGCCGAGAAACACGGAUACGGUACCUUGCUCACGAGUGCCAGCGACUAUGACCUCAAGGGCUCGCCAGCGUCGUGGUCGAAAGUGGUGGCGAUGAGACACGCGAUAACGAAAUACCCCGACUGCAAGUACCUCUGGUAUCUGGACCAGAAUGCAUUUAUAAUGAACCCGUACCUAAAGGUGGAGGACUUUGUGAUGGGCUCGACCAAGCUCGAAGAUACGAUGAUCAAGGACUUCCCCGUCGUCCCGCCAGACAGUAUCAUCAAGACCUUUGCAAAUCUGAAGGGUGGCGACGUGGAGCUCGUUUUGACACAAGACAAGGAAGGUCUAGCAGCGGGCAGCUUCGUCAUCAGGAAUGGUGAAUGGGCCAAGUUCUUUCUCGACACUUGGUUCGACCCGUUGUAUCGAAGCUACAAUUUCCAAAAAGCCGAGGCGCAUGCUCUGGAACACAUCGUGCAAUGGCAUCCCACGAUCCUCUCGAAACUAGCGAUCGUGCCUCAACGGACAAUCAACGCCUAUGCAGGGGAUGCGCACGGCGAACAAUACAAGGAUGGAGAUAUCGCGGUUUUGUUCCCCCAUUGCUCCGGGACGGGAGACAAGAGUUGUGCCAGGGUGUCGGAGCGGUUCUCGCAACAGUGGCGAACCUCGUUCUCUAAAGCCUGA